AUGAAGAGUCCUCUCACUCUCUCUCUCUCUCUCUUUCUCUCUCUCUCCCCUUUUUCUGUUUCGCAUCCUUCUCUAUUUCUCUCUCUCUCUGAGCCUUUCAUGCUUUCACUCGCUCUCUCUCCCUCUCUCUCAAUUUCCAAGUCUUUCAUGUUCUCUCUCAGUGUGUUUGAAAGUCUCUCGUUUUUCUCUCCCUCUCUCUACUUUAUCUGUAUCUCGCGUCCUUAUGCCGAUCUCUUUUUCUUUCUUCUUGUCUUUCACUUCCAACCUCUCUUUCUUUCCCGCUCUCUAUCUCACCAUUUUCUAUUUCGCAUCCUUCUCUAUUUCUCUCUCUCUCUCUCUCAGCCUUUCUUACUUCCACUCGCUCCCCCCCCUCUCUCUCUAUUUCCAAGUCUUUCAUGUUCUCUCUUCCUGUGUUUGAAGUCUCUCAUUUUUCACCAUAUCUCUCUACUUUCUCUGUAUCUCCCGUCCUUAUGUCUAUCUAUCUUUCUUUCUGCUUGUCUUUCACUUCCACUCUUUCCCUUUCCCUUUCCCUCCCUCUUUCUCUGUGCUUUCCGUCCUUACCUCUUUCUCUCUUUCUUUCUUCUAGUCAUUCUCUCUUCUUUCCCUCUCUCUUCUCUUAUAUUUUCUCCCUCUCUCACGCUCACGUUGAAUGUCUUCUCUCUCUCUCUCUCUCUCUCUCUCUCUCUACUGCUACUGAGACACCUAUCCUUAUAUCUGUCUUUCUGCCUAUCUUUCUUUCAUUCUCUCGCUCUCUAUUUACAAGUCUCUUAUAUUCUCUCCCUCUCUUUUAAUGUCCUUUGUCUUUCCCUUCCACUCUCUCUCUUUGUCUCUCUCUCUUCCCCUCAACUGUUACUGAGUCUACACCCUAUCUCUGAAUAUUUACUGUCUUUCUUUUCCUCCCUCCCUCCCUCCUCUCUCUCUUCUUCCAACCCCGCUCUCUCUCUCUUUUUCUUUCUUCUUCUCUUUCACUACCACGUUCUCUUUCUUUCGCAUCCUUCUCUAUUUCUCUCUCUCUCUCUCAGCCUUUCUUACUUUCACUCGCUCUCUCUCUUUCCCUCUAUUUCCAAGUCUUUCAUGUUCUCACUUCCUGUGUUUGAAAGUCUCUCAUUUUUCACCAUAUCUCUCUACUUUCUCUGUAUCUCCCGUCCUUAUGUCUAUCUAUCUAUCUUUCUUUCUGCUUGUCUUUCACUUCCACUCUUUCCCUUUCCCUCUUUCCCUCCCUCUUUCUCUGUGCUUUCCGUUCUUAUCUCUUUCUCUCUUUCUUUCUUACUUUCAUUCUCUCUCUCUCUCUAUUUAUCAGUCUCUUAUAUUUUCUCCCUCUCUCACGCUCACGUUGAAUGUCUUCUCUCUCUCUCUCCCUCUCUCUCUACUGCUACUGAGACCCCUAUCCUUAUAUCUGUCUUUCUGCCUAUCUUUCUUUCAUUCUCUCGCUCUCUAUUUACAAUCUACACCCUAUCUCUGAAUAUUUACCGUCUUUCUUUUCCUCCCUCCCCUCUCUCUCUCUCUCUUUGUCUUUCUUCUUCUUGUCACGUAUAUUUAUGUUUUCGGCGAAUACACGACCAAAUGCCAAUGAACAUUCAAAGAAAGAAUAAAACGUCCCUUUAUUUAAAUAUCUCUCGUCUUUCUCCCCCCCCCUCUCUCUCUCUCUCUCUCAACCUCUCUACCUCUCCUACGUUCUCUGUGUCAUCCGUCCUUAUAUCUUUCUUUCUUUCUUUCUUUCUUUCUUUCUCAUUUUCAUUAUUAGUCUAUCCCCCCUCUCUCUCUCUCUCUCUCUCUCUGUUUGAAUGUAUCUUGUCUUUCUCUUUCUUUCUCUUUCUACUUUCACGGUGUCUCCCAUCCUUAUCUCUUUUUCUCUUCCUCGCUAUCAUUCUCGUCCUCUCUCUCUCUUUUUUUGAAUGUCUCUUGUCUUUCUCUUCUACACUCUCUCUUUCCCAUUCUCUUACUCUAGUUUCUCGAUGUCUCCCAUCCUUAAGUCUUUCUCACUUUCUUUUUUACUCCCUUUCUUACUGUCAUUGUGUCUGCCGCCCUCAUCGCUUUCUUUCUGCCUUACUUUCAUUCUCUCUCCCUCUCUCUCUCUCUCUCUCUCUCUCUAUGUUCCAGUCUCUUAUAUUUUCUCUCCCCCUCUCUCUCUUUGAAUGUCUCUUGUCUUUCUCUUCCACUUUCUCUCUCUCUCUCUCUCUCUACUGUCAAUAUUUCUCUCUCUUUCUCUUGCUUCCUACCUUUCUUACUUUCAUUUUCUCUCUCUGUAUGUUUCAGUCUCUUAUAUUUUCUCUUCUCACCCUCUCUCUCUUUGAAUGUCUCUUGUCUUUCUCUUCCACAUUCUCUCUCUCUCUCUCUCUCUACUGUCAAUAUGUCUAUCUUUUUCUCUUGCUUACUUUCAUUCUCUCUCUCUCUCUCUCACUUUCUAUGUUCCAGUCUCUUAUAUUUUCUCUCCGUCUCUCUCUCUCUUUGAAUGUCUCUUGUCUUUCUCUUUCACUUUCUCUCUCUCUCUACUGUCAAUAUGUCUAUCUAUUUCUCUUGCUUCCUGCCUUCAUACUUUCCUUCGCUCUCUCUUUCUCUCUCUCUCUCUCUGUUCCAGUUUGUUAUACUCUCUCCCCCCUCUCUAUAUAUCUCUUUGAAUGGCCCUUGUCUUUCUCUUCCACUUUCUCUCUUUCUACUUCUCAUUCUCUCUCCCUCUCAAUAUCUCUUGUCCGUUAUUUAACGUCUUUUUAA